CGGUGCUGCAGUGAGGAGGUGGAUCUCGCCCGUGUUGUGUGUGUGAGUGAGAGAGCGAGUGAGUGAGUGAGUGUGUGUGUGAGUGUGUGAGUGUGUGUGUGGGGACGCGGCUUGUUGUUGUCGGUGACUUCCCCCUCCCCUCCCCCCUUCCCCGCCGCCGCUGCAGUGGCCGCUCCCUGGGCCGUAGGAAAUGAGCGAUAACGAUGACAUCGAGGUGGAGAGCGACGAAGAGCAACCGAGCUUUCAUUCAGCGGCUGACAAACGGGCUCAUCAUAAUGCACUGGAGCGAAAACGUAGGGACCACAUCAAAGACAGUUUUCACAGUUUGCGGGAUUCCGUCCCAUCACUCCAAGGAGAGAAGCAACAGGCAUCCCGGGCCCAGAUCCUAGACAAAGCCACAGAGUAUAUCCAGUAUAUGCGAAGGAAAAACCACACACACCAGCAAGAUAUUGACGACCUCAAGCGGCAGAAUGCUCUCCUGGAGCAGCAAGUCCGUGCACUGGAGAAAGCGAGGUCGAGUGCCCAACUGCAGACCAACUACCCUUCCUCAGACAACAGCCUCUACACCAACGCCAAGGGCAGCACCAUCUCUGCCUUCGAUGGGGGCUCGGACUCCAGCUCGGAGUCGGAGCCCGAAGAGCCCCAAAGCAGGAAGAAACUCCGCAUGGAGGCCAGCUAAGCGCAGCGGGGCAGGCCAGCAAUAAAAACUGUCUUCUCCGGCGUCUCAUCCUCUCAGUUCGUCGUUAGGCCCCUCUAAGAGACUCUUUAUUUUUCUUACUUUUUUUUUUUUUUUUACAUAGAAGCUCUUGGACAACAGCUCUCGUUCUCCUCCAUUUCCACUCCCGACCCCCCCCACCCCCCACUGUUUUCCCUUCAGGGAUUCCCUGUUCCCACCAGGAAUUUUUAAACCAAAACACCCCAACUUGGCAGCUUUUUCUGUGGAGGACAGACGGCCGGCCGGACCUCUAGAGCACAUGGUGUCCUCACUGCCCCACCAGCUCCUCCAGCCCUGCCGGCACCGGCGCCUGCAGGACUCCUACCCUCCCAGGCCUCGCCUCCCGUCCGCCGCCGUCACCUCUAUCUGAUAGACUUUGUGAAUCUGUGAACUGCUCCACUUUACGAAGAUGAUCAGUUUGGAAUAAGCAGAAUUAUCCCUCUCCCUGCUCCUUUUUAGGGACUGCCCCCCCCCCCAAAUUAUUUAUCAUUCUUACUGAAAGACCAGAUCCUCCGAGAAGCUGUGGUUUACAGGGAACUUGGGACAGGUUUACAGCUGAGUCUUUGGCAUGUUGAACCCCUGCCUCUGGCUGGUGAGAGAGCCCGUGCCGCCAGCCCUGCGGGGAGGGGGACAUGUCACCCCCCAGGGAGUGGGGCCGGGUGGGGGAGGCUGGGGCAAGGGCAGAGGUUUUGUAUUAGGGGCCAGUGAUGAUGUUUUGAUAUUUAUUUCCUGCUACUGAAAUUUGAAUCCGAAUGAAUUGUCCCUAUUUCUGAUGAUGUCGGCAUUACAGAUUCAUAAAGGAUCAAAUCUUCCUUUCCUAACGUGUGCAUUUCUAAGAAAUAGAGCCAACUGGUUUUGUAUGUAAAUACCAAGAGCGAUUUACCUGGUACUAAACUCGCGCACCCGGCGCGGCCCUCCCAUCCCCAGCCUCCCUCUCUGGAGCCCGCCUCCAUUCCGCGGCCCAGCCCUGGCUCCGGCUGCCUGCGGUCACCAGGUCCCUGGAAGGGCUUUGUGUUCCAGCCUCAUUUCUUUGUCCCUCCUCCGUUCCCAGCAUUCGCUGAUUUCUAGUGUAUACUCUGUAGUCUCGGUCCGUGUUUGAUUCCAUUCCGUGGAAAUAAAAAGUAUGUUGUACAUACUGCGGAAGAAUUGUCUUGCAAGUUAAGGCUUCCCCCUUUACUAUAAGACUAUAAAUAAAAACUUAUUUUAUCCUU